AUGGUUGAUAUAGGAACCUCAAAACCAGAAACUGUUCUAUUCAAUGAAGAUCUUCGUAAACAUGAUCCAGAUGCUGAAUGUUAUAUGUGUCGUAAUUCACAUAUUUAUGUCAAACCCAUUGGUGUUCAACAAAAAUCUAAUGCAAAAAAGAAGUAUGAAUAUUCACAACAACAAAAACCAUUAACAAUCGAAGAAAUUGAUGCAUUGAGUAAGAAAAAACAGUUAACACGACAAGAUGUAAAAAAAUUAUUACAAUGUUAUUUUCCCGAUAUAAAAGAUGCAAAAUAUUUUCAAUUACAUAAAUAUCAUUCGUGUUGUUAUGAUCCUGAACAUAUUAAUAAUUCAAAAAAUCAUAUUACAUCAUUUCAACAUGAGAAAGAUGAUGGACAUAAUCAUCACUCUCAUGAUUAUAAACAUCAUCAUCAUCAUGAUAAUAUCAAUAAUCAAAGUUUAGUAGAUGAUGGAACAAAUAAAGUCAGUUUUGUAAGAAUCAAAAUUGAACCAACAAAAGGUAUUCCGACACGAUUUCUUGGACCAGCGGCAUUACCAGAGUCAUUGGCUGAUAUGCUUAUAAAACAGCGACCGUCAAUAACACCAAGCGAUACUCCACCGUAUAAUGUACGACGUUUAACAGUAUCACCGUACGAACAAUCGACUUCUCUUCUCUCAGAUCAGCUAAGUAAAAUAAAAACGGAUGAUGAAGAUGAUGGUAUUGAAAGUGUUGAUAGUACAGACGAUGAAGGAGAACAAGAUCGAAAAGAUCGCGAAACACCUCUAAUACAAAUUAAUUCCGCCGGUGAAUUCGAAGGUAAAGUCAUGGAUGGAUCAAAUAUUAAUUUGGAACAAUAUAUGCAAAGAACAAGUGCAAAACAACAAUCUGAAAUAGAAGCAAGAGAUCCAAAUAGUGGAAAAAAGAGUAAACCAACAAAACAAAAACAACAUACGAAACAAGAACAAAAGGAAAAUAAACCACUACCAUCAUCAGACACAACAGCAAAAGCAACAAAGACGAAUACGAAACAAAACAACGAUUUGAUUGUUGAAGAUUUAGAUGGAGUGAAACCGUGGUAUUCGGCAAAUAACUAUCAAGAACAAAAACCAAAAAAAAAGAAAAAGAAGAAACGAAGAAAGCGACUUACCCUUAAUGGCCAUGAGCAUGAUAUUUAUCAUUUACGUCAUUGGGAAGUAAAAGCACUCGAACAAGCUCAUCAAGAACCGUGUGGAUGUCGUCAUCAUGUAACAAAUUGUGGUUCAUGUGAAGCAAAUCAUUUACUUUACAGAUGGUGCCGAUGUAAAGAUCAUCAGCAUGAAUUGUUCAUGGACGAUCAACGAAAACGAAGACAAUCUGUCGUCACUACUUUUCGUUCAUCUGAACCAACACCGGCGCCACCACCACCUCCUACUCGACCUACGACAGUCGUAAAAACGCCACCUCCUAUUAUCAAAAAACCGAUUAUGAAAUCAACAGGAAUCAACGCAACAGAACCAACAACCACAGAGCUGGCCUUAGCAUAUGAUCCAUCAGCUGUUGACUAUGAUAUGAUUCAAGAAGUUAUCUAUUAUAGAACAUCAUCUGGAAGACUUAUUAAACCCGAAGUGUCAAAUGCAUUCACCUACGAUACAAUGCCUCAGUCGAUGACUCUUCAAAAUACUGGGAAUUAUCGGCAACCGGUUGAUGUCGUCUACAUGCUGCCGAAUGGAGAAGUUCAACAAAUAAAAGGAAAUAAUACUUCACAACAACCGACGUACCGUCGCAGAACUAUGACUGGUUCAUCAGAAUCGUUGAUAUUGUCUAAUGGUGGUUCAACAUAUCGUGGCCAAGUAAAAGAUAUGAAUAAUCAAUCAAUUCCUUUAAUUACAAUACCGUCUCAAACAGCUCCUAGCUCUCCGUAUUACUACAAUCACCCAAAUAUGACGAGUCCAACAGCAAAUGGUUACUAUUCGCCACCACCACCACCACAAACUACUACACCAGCAGUACAAUGGUCACCCGAACCGAGAUCACCCAUACAUCAUCAACCAGCCGAAUUCACUUUAGUAACAGUUAAUAAUAAUCGCUCUCCAACUUCUGGAGUAAAUAAAACAUCACCUAUUCUUUUUAAACCACAACCACAAACACCAGUUAAUCCAACAGUGCCAAGAGUUCCUACAAAAAGUUCUAUAACAUCACCAAAAUCUUCAAAUAGUAGUGCUAAAAAGUCGACUACUCCAAAUUAUAUUGUGAAAGAUACACAUAAUGAUCCUAAAAAGAAUUCUAAUAACAAAAACUACAUCGUCAAAGAUACUCAUAAUAUGUCACCACUUGAACGUGAAUCAAGUAUUCUGACUCAUCGACGAUGGUUCGAUCAACCAUUGGGUGAUCAAAAUUUAGAACCCCUUCAAGAAAGUAAAUAUGGUUUGAUUGCCGCUGGUAGCGAACAAGAAUGGAUUUCCACUGGACCAAAAACUGUAACAUUUGAAGACGACGAUCAUCAACGACGACAUCAUCGCAAAUCGAAUGAUAUUUACAAUUCGGAACAUAUAGGACAAGAAGAUGUAAGUGAAUUCUAUCUACAUUAUAUUAAAUCUAUGCUAUUUUUCUUUAUUCUAGAACCAAAAGAGUAGCUGUACAAUAUCGUAGUUUCGAUAAAAGUGACAUAUAAAACUUAUAGUUACGUAGAAAAGACUACAUAGAUUUUUUCGUAUAUUUCUCUAUAUUUUGUUAAAUUCAAUAAAUGUAAUCAAAUAUUCUGAUUGUUUUUUAUUAAUACGCAACAAAAUUAACUGUGUAAACUUAACAUCAAGAUCACCAGAUUUUUCAGUGUAGCCGAAAUAACUAAUUCUCAUGUUGCGAAGCUAAAAUUUUUCAUUUUAGUUUUUCUUAACCAAUUUAAAUUCAAAUAACGAAGACUAUUUUAUACUUGAACAAAAAAAAUAACUACAAAAGAAACAGUUUAGUUUGAAAAUCUCAUCACAACAAUGAUUUAUACAUUUUUCUGGAUCAAUGUCUUGUAUCAGAAACACUGAACGUCCGGAAUUGUAAAGCAAACGUUUCUCUACAAAAUGAUGUAUCUGGGACCUCUAUACGUUUCUUUGUUUAAACAGUAAACGGUAAAUACUAAAUGUGACUUUUCCAAAAUGAAGCAUGAGAUGAAGCAUUUUGUAUUUUCCUUUUAUGUUUUAAACAAAGAAACGUACAGAGCCUUGAGACGCCUCAUUUUGUAGAGAAAUGUUUGCUUUACAAUUCUAGUCGUUCCACAACACUGCACGUGCUUUCAUUAAAAAAAAAUAUAAACACAGCAAAUACUAGAUGUAUAAUAUCAGAAACUUUUCAAUUCCUUAAUGUUUGAAAUGCGGGGGAAAUUUUAGUAUAUAAAACAGCGUGUUCAUCCGUGAAUAUUCUGAAAUAAACCGUGGUCGCACGUGAACAUCGUAAAAUGGCGUGUAGACACAUGUGAAAAGAAAUUCUCGCUUGUGAACACGUGUGAAAUUAUAGAAAGUUCACACAUGAAAAUCCACGCAUUUGAUGUUACGACUGCACGAACCCAACGUCAUAAAACUUUGACAUAAUUUCCCCAGGAGUACUAUAAUGUACUUUCUUUGACAUGUUGAUUUGUAGUCAUGUAUAAUUUUUCUCCUUAUCACAGCCUCUCAUUCUGUAGAAUGAUAAUAAUGUGUUGUCACAUUUUCUAAUUGUAUGAAAUGUUAAAAGAAUGAUAAUGUGACAUUAUUAUUCUUUUAACAUUUCAUACAAUCAGAAAAUGUCCACAUUGUAAACAAGGUUUAAUUAUUUACUUUUAUUUCCUAUUAAGGGCCUCCCCCCCUCAGAAAUGGUGAUUUUCGGUCAAAAAAUCGGUUUUAAGAUACACACAUGGAAAGAUAGCCUGAAGUGUCUACUUCCAGAAUUUGUAUUGCUUUUGGUUACAAAACUGGUUUUUCGGGGA